CGUAGCUUAGUUGCUGGCUGCAUAGCGAGCCAGACAGACACAAUAAUCAGAGUUAAAGCAGUUGAAGUUGAAGUUAAAACAUGUCUUCAACAAUGUUGUCAUCGACUGUUGUUUGUGUGUUGUUCUUGGUACUUUUCGACUCUGUUUUGUGUGCUUUUAAAGUACCAGAUGCGAAGCUAGAAGCUAUAUACCCGAAAGGACUCAGAGUAUCCAUUCCAGAUGAAGGCUUCGAGCUCUUCGCGUUCCACGGCAAACUCAACGAGGAAAUGGAGGGGCUAGAAGGGGGCUACUGGUCCCGGGACAUCACCAAAGCCAGGAGGGGCAGAUGGACCUUCAGGGACCGUGAUGCCGAGCUGAAGAUCGGGGACACCGUCUACUUCUGGACCUUCGUUGUCAAGGAUGGACUAGGACAGAGGCAGGACAAUGGGGAAUGGACUGUAACAGGCUACGUCGAUGAGAAUGGCAACCCCGUGGAUCCCAAGUAAUUCUCCUGAACUUCAACUGCGAAUUUAUUUUCGAAACUCCAGUGAAAACAUUAAUAUUAUUAUAACGCAUUUAUAAAGUGUAGGUAUUAAUUUUAAAAAAUCCUGAUUGAUUAAUUGUAGUUUUUAUUUUGUAUUUUUAACAAAGACUACUCAGAAAAAUUAUACUUUUUACACUGUCGUAUUGAACUAAUUACCUAUAGCUUAACCCUUGGCUCAAUGAUAUAGCUUUAAGUGAAAUGUAACAUUGAUAAUACAAUAAAUAUUAUAAACAAUUAA